AUGGCUUCCAACGAGACUAAUUCAACCGCCCUCUGCCUUUCUCCUCUACCACCCAAGGCCGCCAGCCUGGUGCUCUCUCUGUUCUACACGGCCCUCUUCACCUUCAGUGCCUUGGGAAACAGCCUGGCCCUUGCCCUCGCCUGCCCAAAGCGGGGGAAGGUCAGCUCAACAGGCAUCUACGUGGUCCACCUGGCAGUGUCUGACCUCCUGUUCACAUUUGCCUUGCCCGGGAAGAUCACCUAUUACGCCCUGGAGGCCAGCUGGCCUUUUGGAGACGGGUUCUGCAGGCUGACGGCAUUCAUAUUCUACCUGAACACCUACGGGGGUGUCUACCUCAUGACGUGUGUGAGCGUGGACCGCUACCUGGCUGUAGUCCGCGGUCACCAGUGUCCGCAGCUCCGCCAGGCUGGCCAAGCACGGCGGGUCUGUGGGGGUGUCUGGGCCCUGGCCCUGCUGCAGACGGCGUUCAAACGCUCUCUUCAGGUCACGGCGUCCCUCAUGAAUAUCAACUGUUGUAUUGACCCCAUCAUCUACUUCUUUGCAUGUAAAGGUUAUAGGAGAUGGCUUCGCAGCAUUUUAAAAUUCAGACUGUCAGCAUCGUCGUCUUCUUCAGGAAAAGCUUCCUCAGAAACCCCAAGUAUCAACCAGACAGUAGGCUCCAUGCCCCUGGCGGAGGGCAAGGCCGGACGCAUCACUGGCUAG